AUGUUGUUGCAGAAUUUGGUUGAAGUAGAGCUAAUAAGAAACAAUCAGAAAGAAAGUCAAAAAUGUGAAACUGAAAGAGAAACUAAUAAGAAACAAUCGAAAAGAAAGUCAGAGAAAAAAAUUGAAAAAGAAAAGUUAGCAAAAGCAUUUAAAAUGGAAGAUGAAGAUGCAAUUACAGAGAACCUUGAAUUUGUUAACAUUGAUAAAAGGGAAGAAAAUUGUAAUAGCGAAGCUUUACAACAUCGAACUGAGAAUAAUUUAGGUGUAGAAAUAGGUGAACUAGUGAAAGAUAGAGUGGAUGGAGAACUAUUCAUCGGUGAAACAGUUUUAUUCCGAUAUUAUGAAAAAAAAUGUUGGAAAUACUAUAUUGGAGUCAUAAAACUCAUCGAUUUUGAUACAAACAUGUACACAAUAUUUUUUUAUAAAACUGUCAGCAGGAAAGAAAAUUUGAAAUUUAUUGUACCGAAACGUACGGAUAGAGACAUUGUUCCUUAUGUUUCAAUUGUUAAAAAAAUACAGCUUCAAAAACAGGAAAAACCCAACGAAUUUAAAUUAAUGAAUAUGGAAGAUUAUACAUACUUUGAUUAA